UCAAAUAUUUUAAUGUCUACAAAUUGAGACGGUCUAUCUUGGCGCCUGAGCUUCCCGCGUUAUUUCCAUCGGCGAAGAUUUAACUAAGGACGAAUUCAGGAAGCAGCCACUCCUACUCACGAUGAAUGAACGUGACUUGAAGAAAUUAAAGUCAAAGAAGAAGGGUAAAGAGCGACGAGCUGCUCAAAAGGCAGAGAGAGCAAGACUAGCUGCUGCUCAACUGCUGGUCAACCAAGCCAAUGCACAGACAGAUCCACUCUCCAAGUUCCCUUCGUUUAUCAACUAUGAGCGCAAUGGGCUGACCAGUAGUUUGAUAUGCAAGAAAGUGAAGGAGCUGGAGCCAGAAUUGCUACAGUGGGCCAUGAAUCUUUGCAAGGAAAACAUGCGACCUCUGUAUGAGAAGAGCAAUCAGGGUUGGCACGAGGACGAGAAGGUGGAGGAGAUGACAGAGGAUGCUGCUUGGUACUUGAUUGUGCUGGACAAGGCGGCAAAUAAACCCCUAGCAUUCUCUCACUUUCGCUUCGACAUGGAUUACGGAGAUGAGGUUUUGUAUUGCUAUGAACUACAACUGGAGGAGUCAUGCCGGAGGAAGGGACUUGGUCGGUUCAUGAUGCAGGUGCUGGAGCUCAUGGCAUUCUCCAACCAGAUGCAGAAGGUGGUGCUCACUGUCUUCAAACACAACCCAGAUGGCAUGAAUUUCUUCAAAAAGUGCAGAUACGAUAUUGAUGAAACUUCUCCAGUAGAUUCUUAUGAAGAAACCUUUGAUUAUUGUAUCCUUAGUAAAAUGAACAAGAUGAAGCCAACACAGAAGACUUCACUAUGAACAAGAAAUUUGUUAUAGGCACAACUUUAUUAGCUGUUCUGAACCUGUUUGGCAUUGAAGGCCUUCACAGACAAGGCUGGACUAAGAAGGUGGUUGUCUCCCCCAUCCUCAGGCUACGGGCAUAUCAGGAGGCGCCACAGCUGCAAUGCGUGGCACCACUCCCUUCUCCAGAGGGAUGCCUCGCUUUGGUAUGUAGGGUGUCGUGCGCUCCACCAUUCUGGGAGAAAAGCCAUGAGACCUGAGUUAUGUCUCCUCAAAAAAGUGGAAGAUAAAGAUGUAACGUAUUUUUUCCCAGCUUUGUACAGUACCAUACUAUCAGCAAUAACUACUAGAAUAUUACCUUAAAGAGUGGAAUAUAAAAGACAUGACUGGGACUUUGUUCUCUUAUAUGUCCUCUCACAUGCUCACUAAGAACUCUCAAUUGUAUUAAUGUUACUUUUAACUCAUUUUGAGCUUCAAUAAAACAGAAAAUUAAG